GGGGGAACCCACGCUAGCACUCCCGCCGCUCGAGCCUCCCUGCACACACGGGAUAUCAGCUCCGAGGGGACGUUGUGAUGAAACUGUCGAGCAGAUCCCACUGACAUUUUAGAUUAGCGCUCCGCAGGGCUUUCCCUGACCCACCUUUUUUACCCUGGCACGGGAUUAAGAUAUCACUCUAAGCGAGGACGAUGAUGGUGAGCGACGACUGCCUGGUGGAGUGCAGGAUCGACGACAGCGACGACGACGAUGGAGGAGAAGGCCAGAUGAACACUCCUCCUCCUCCGCCGGAGUUUGCAUCCAAAGCCCCGACCCCGGCGCCCAAACCCCCGACGCCUCCGUCGCCCAAAACCCCCACGCCUCCCUCCACGGCCCCUCCCACACCCCACCCAGCGCCCGCCCAGCCUGCGAGCAGGGACCCCUACGGUAUCAACCGGCACCUCAAGGUGGAGGUCAGUGACGUCCUGGCGGAGCCCGCUACGCCCCACACCAUCGACUGCGUGUGGCUUUACAGCAUCGACGCCUUCGAGAGGACUCGUAUCUGGACGUACCGCUGCCUCUCGUUGCUGUUCGCUGUGCCCUUCGCUUUCCUGUGCGGCGUUUUCCUGGCCGUCCUGUCCUGCCUCCACGUCUGGUUUUUGAUACCGUGCAUACAGCUGAGUAACACCUUCGUUCCCUGCCUGAGGUCCUUGUGUAUGUGUGCGGUGAACGUUUUCAUCUCUCCCUUCUGCAUGUCCCUCGCUCUCUGCUGCAGUCAAAUCGUCGUUUCACUGUCAAACAAGGACUGGAGUCAAAUGAAGGACAAAGACGCUGUAUGAAUGGGCGACGUGCUUAGUGACUGAAAAGCUGCGGGAAAAGCUGAAUUUUGUUUAAAUUUGAACAUGUAUUGUUAUUAUUUUUUUUUUAUAGAUCAAUUAGGUGCUACUGUCAAUCCCAUUCAAUAUGUUUUCUACAUGUAAAUCUCUUUAAAACUUCGUUAAAUCCACUAUUGUUGACUGUUAACUAUCCACUGUUAACUAUUUUCAGUGUAUUUCUAAGACAGUACUAUCAGGUUAUUAAUAAAAUAAAUGUCAAAAAAGUUGUUAUUUCAUUUUAUUGGAUCGUUUUUAUUAUUAUUAUUAUUAUUAUUAUUAUAUUUUAUUUAUUUUUUUCAGUUUUAGAAAAGUAGAAUAUGUGAAUGAAUUUUUCAGAUAU